GUGUUAGCAGGGUGUCAAUUCGCUCGGUGAAGGCUAGCAGCAGGUCGGCUCGUCUCUCCGCCGACCACCGUGCAUCUUUUCCGGCAGCAGCGGUGGAGGAAUACACGUUUAUACCCGGCUUUAUUUUUGGACAACAAUUACAGUAUUUAUUGUUGUUUCGACGAAGGAUCUACGCCUAUUAAUGACAUUGACAUGAAACAUCAACAAGAUUAUUCUGCUACAUAAUCCUUCUCUUCAUCUGGCUUCAGCUCCCAGUACUUUCACUCAACUCAGGAUCCAGUAAAAGAUCUGGUUGAUGACUGUUAGGUCCUCUUUCCCGAAGUCAUCUGCCCCUUAAACCGUCCUUCCGCAGCAUGGCUGAAUGGAGGUUAGGUUGCUUUGGUCCAGGCCAGAUGUUGGCCGUACUGAUUGUGGUAUCAACAAGGAUAUCCUUUGUCCAAAGCAAUGAUUGCCCCCAGCUUUGUGUGUGUGAGAUCCGGCCUUGGUUCACCCCACAAUCAACAUACAGAGAAGCUAUCACUGUAGACUGCAAUGACCUGCAUUUGACACGCAUCCCAGGAAACCUCUCGAGUGAUACUCAGGUUCUUCUUCUGCAAAGUAACUACAUCGGAAGGACCAGUGAGGAACUGGAGCAGCUUUUCAAUUUAACUGAGCUGGACCUAUCCCAGAAUAAUUUUAGUAGCAUUCAGGAUGUUGGCCUCAUCAAUAUGUCCCAGCUCACCACACUGCAUUUAGAAGAGAAUCAGAUCACAGAAAUGCCUGAUUACUGUCUGCAAGACCUCAACAAUCUACAAGAACUCUAUAUUAACCACAAUCAGAUUAAUACUAUUUCUGCAAAAGCUUUCUCUGGACUCCACAAUUUGCUGAGGCUUCACCUAAACUCCAACAAGCUUAGGACCAUCAACAGCCAGUGGUUCAAAACAACGCCCAAUCUUGAGAUCCUCAUGAUUGGGGAAAAUCCUAUUAGUGGAAUUACAGAUUUUAACUUCAAGCCCCUGGGUAAUCUAAGAAGCCUGGUCCUGGCAGGGAUGGAUUUGACAGAAGUUCCUGGAAAUGCGUUUGUGGGACUAGAUAACCUUGAAAGUCUCUCUUUCUAUGAUAAUAAGCUGGUUAGAAUUCCUCAAAAAGCCCUUCAAAAACUACCUAACCUCAAGUUCUUGGAUUUAAACAAGAACCCAGUUCACAAGAUUCAGGAGGGAGAUUUCAAGAACAUGCUAAGGCUAAAAGAGCUGGGUAUAAACAACAUGGGUGAACUGGUUUCUAUGGACCGCUACGCUCUGGAUAAUCUUCCUGAGCUCACUAAACUGGAGGCGACAAACAAUCCCAAGUUUUCCUUUAUCAACAGUCACGCCUUCCAUGAUGUCCCAGCCUUGGAAAGUUUAAUGCUGAACAAUAAUGCCCUGAAUGCCCUCUAUCAGACCACUGUGGCUUCUCUCCCCAACUUGCGUGAGAUCAGCAUCCACAGCAACCCUUUUCGUUGUGAUUGCGUUAUUCAGUGGAUGGCCAUCAACAAGACUACUGUUCGUCUCAUGGAGCCUUUAUCCAUGUUUUGUGCCAUGCCAACAGAGGUCAGGGGUAGGCAUGUGCAGGAGGUUCUGCAGAAGAACUUUGCAAACCAGUGCUUGCCAAUGAUCAGCCAUGAUACCUUUCCCAGUCACUUCAACAUAGACAUUGGUACGACUAUAGACUUGGAUUGCAGAGCCAUGUCCCAGCCUGGACCAGAAAUCUAUUGGGUGACACCGACAGGGAACAAGGUCAUGAUCGGCACGCAAUCUGAUAGGUACAGCCUCAGCAGUGAAGGUACCUUAAGGAUUUCUCAUAUUCAAGUUGAGGACUCUGGCAGGUACACCUGCGUGGCUCAGAAUUCAGAAGGCGCCGACACGAGAGUGACAGCCAUACGGGUGAACGGCACUCUGUUAGACAGCACUCAGCUUAUGAAAAUUUAUGUCAAACAGGCAGAGUCCCACUCAAUUCUCGUCUCCUGGAAGGUAAACUCGAAUGUGAUGACCUCCAACCUCAAGUGGUCAUCUGCCACCAUGAAAAUAGACAACCCACACAUCACAUACACCGCUAAGGUACCUGUGGAUGUACACGAGUACAACCUGACACAUUUGCAACCAGCAACAGAGUAUGAGGUUUGCCUCACCGUCUCCAACAUCCACCAACAAACGCAGAAGUCGUGCGUGAACGUGACGACAAAACAAACCACCUUUGCUGUUGAGGUGUCCGACCAAGUGACCAACAACGCUCUGGCGGCGGUCAUGGGGACGAUGUUCACGAUCAUCAGCCUGGCGUCCUUGUGCGUGUACAUUGCCAAGAGGUGGAAAAGGAAAAACUACCACCAUUCCCUAAAAAAGUACAUGCAGAAAACCUCGUCAAUACCCCUAAACGAACUGUACCCUCCGCUUAUCAACCUGUGGGAAGUGGACAAUGAAAAAGAGAAAGAAGGCUCCUCUGAGAGCAAACCCAGCCAGGUGGACACCACACGCAGCUACUAUAUGUGGUGAGAGCCACCACUCCUUUUUCCCCGACAGACAUUCGUCAAAGCACAUAGGGUAUAUGUGCAUGUAAAAGUAAACUACCUUAUCUUUUUUCAUACUUGAUUUGUUUUCUUUGGUUUCUAAAACAUUUCAGUUCCUUAGUUCUACACAUUGCCUUUUUCAAACCAUGUCUUUUAAUGACAGGCACUGGCAGCUUUCUUUGUCUUACUGAAUAAAGUAGACACUCUGUUUUAUUUUUAGUCCAGGUUAUGAGAACACAGCAUGAGUAUUGUCACAGUUUCAGUAGACAUGUGCUAAUUCACACACUUUUUAACUCGUUUCCCUAGCAGGAGUGUUAGGAAGCUAUCUUUCUCUUGUAAAGCAGUUUCACUGUUGUGCACUGAAAUAUAUACACUGACUUGUCCAACAAUACAAAUGUAAGCUGACAAAGUAUGUUUAGACUUUAUAUACUAUCGAACAACGUUAGCGGGUUUUAAUGUAAUGUUGUAUCAACGAUUUCCUUUCGUUUUUUGUACAUUGAUAAUCAUGUUUGAUUUAGACUUUGCAAAGCAACUACUGUAAACCAGCAAUAGAAACAUGAAUGUUCCAAAUUAGGUGAAUUGAUGUAAUCUAAGGCUUUCUACAUUUCUUUGAUAUUUCUUACCUUACUAGAAUGUUUACAAUCACUUGCUUUUUGUGGUUUACACACAAAUAUGUUGUUUAUUGGGGAGCAAAUUAAAUAAAAUCUUUCAGCUUAUUUUUAAAAACCCUGAUUG